AUGGCAACCGCCGCGCCGCCGCAGGAUGGCCAUGAGGGUGGCGGCGCCGGCGCCGAGGAGCUCCGCCCCCCGGGCCCCUCCGCCGGGGCGACGGAGGCCCCUGCGGGCGCUGUCGCGGCGGGGCCCCUGGCCGCACCAGCCCCGCCAGGCGGCGCGGCGGCGCCCGGCAGCCCCCAGGAGGGUGCGGGCGUCAGCGAGGCGCUGGCGGAGGAGAUGCCCGCGGUGCAGGUCUGCGUCAGGAUGCGGCCGCUCCUCGGCUGGGAGAGGCAGGAGGGGCACCUCUGCUCCGCGGUGGUCCUGAAGGAGGGGAAGCGCGGGGGCGUCACGGUGAAGCCCCGCGAAGGCAACGAGGAGUCGGGCCGCCUGCGCUCCUUCCGCUUCGACGCCGUCAUCGGUCCGGACUGCUCGCAGGAGGACGCGUGGUGCCUGACCCGCGUCGAGGGCAUGGUCGACAAGGUGGUGGCAGGCUUCCACGCCACCGUGUUCGCGUACGGCCAGACAGGCUCUGGCAAGACGCACACCAUGGAGGGCUUCACCUACGGCCACCACAACGGCGCCUCGGCGCCUUCCGCGGCUGCCGCCAGGCCCAAGGUGCGGCUGAAGUCCACCCCGCCGGAGCAGCUGGGCCUCGUGCCGCGCGCGGCGAGCCUGCUGUUCGAGCGGGUGGAGGCCAUGCAGGAGAGGGCGCGGGCGGAGGGGCGCGUGAACGCCGACACUUUCAUCGUGAAGGCCUCCUUCCUGCAGAUCUACAACGAGCACGUGUACGACCUGCUGAACCCCGUGCACACGGCGGCGCAGAUCGAGGCCGCCGGCCGGGCCGAGGACCACGCGGGCCUCCGGAUCCGCUGGGACGCCGCGAGGAGGCAGUUCUUCGCCGAGAACCUCUUCGAGUACGAGUGCCAGACGGCGGACGAGCUGCUGGACCACUACGGCACCGGGCUGCAGCACAAGCAGGUUGCCUCCACGGGCAUGAACGUGGCCUCGUCGCGCUCCCACACCGUGCUGGUGGUGAAGCUCGUGCGCCGCAGAGGCCUGAAGCUGGACGAGGGCCAGGACGAUGUCGAUGCGCCAGCCGCGCCCGUGAAAGAGGUGGUGUCGAAGCUCGCGCUCGUGGACCUGGCCGGCUCCGAGCGCGCGUCGGCCUCCAACUCGGCCGCCGGUGGUGACAGGAACGCCAGGCGUUUCCACGAGGCGGUCAAUGUGAACCAGUCCCUGUUCGUGCUGCGGAAGGUGAUCGCUGCCCUCAGCAAGCGGUUUGCGCUUCUCCACUGCCGGGCCCGCGCUCCGGUGUCCUGCAGGGCAGGGGCCCUGGAGGCACUGGCGCUCGAAACGAAGGAGGCCUCGGAGGCGCUGCCGCCGAGCGAGCCGCUCCUGGACUCGUGGGAGACCGAGUUCAGGAGCAGGCCGCGGCCCCCGUCGGCUCUGUGGGACGUCGCCGACGAGGCGUUCCUCGAGCUCGUCAGGUGUCGCGCGUGCAUACGCGUGACGAGGGUGGACCCGAAGGAGGGCGUCUUCACGCUGCGGAUGAAGUGCCUCUGGUCUUUUCGCACCAAGAAUCGGGGGGAGCAGGCGGAGGUCACGAUGCGCGGGGUUCCCGGCAUCCGCAUGCCCGGCCUGCGCGUCACCGUGGAGGAGAGUAGGGUUUGGAAGGACCUCAACUUCCAAAGUAAGCUCUCCCCUUCCACGAACUCGCUGUUCUGGAGGGGCACGACCACAUUCACCAUGGAAGGCUGGAUGGCCUUCGACCUGGUCAAUUUCCCUUUCGACAGGCACAUGCUGAACCUGGAGGGGCUCGAGUUUGUCUGGCGCUCUGACAAGGAUGACGCCGACUACCACAAGAGUAUGAAGGUGGUCGAAUUCACCACGGAUACUUCCUCCAUGCUGCCAGAGUGGCGGACAUACCAUGCUCUGGUAGAGGUUAGGAAGGUGGUCGAUCCAGAUGUACAGCGCACGAUACCAAACGUCGGGAAUAUGAAGAUCCCGAGCUACGCGAGCAAGUUCUCCGUCCUGCUCCGCAUCGAGCGCAAGGACAGGUUCUACUCGUGGCAGGUGUUUGUCGUGACUUACCUGAUCACCAUGCUAUCCUGUUUCCCCCUCGGCUUGCCGCCAGACGUGGACUUCCUCGGCGACCGGCUGGCCAUGUACGCCUCGGGGGUGCUCACGUUGGUGGCCAACAAGAUUGGCAUUAACGAGCACCUUCCCAAUGUUCCGUACCAGACUUUCACAGAUUGGUAUCUCCUUGCUGCGAUCGUGACCGUAUUUGUCGCCGCGGUGGCCACGCUGUACCCAUACAGACUUGAUUUCGAAGGGCACUUAAUAAGCAUGAACGCUACGAAGCUCAGGCGCGUCGAGGUCGUGGAUGGCAUGAGUGUCGAUAGGGAUGCUGAGCUGACGUUCGAGUGGCUCGACACUGUCGAGAACGUCGUCGGGGUACUUCUGUUUUCAGUCUGGACUCUGGUCGUUCUCUGGGCAUUUUUCGUGAAGCCCCGCCACAGGACGCACUGGGAAACCAUACUGCGGAGCAGCCGCAGAGCAGGCGACGCCUUCGGGAGGGACGAGAAAGCCCCCCUGCGCAGCGACGGCGGCGCCUCCCGGAGCGACGGCCGCACCCCCACGAGCAGCCGGGAGGGGGAGGAGGAGCAGCAGGAGCAGCGGGAGGAGGACCAGCACGGCUCCUCGGGGAGACGGGCUUCUGGAAGUUCUGCGGUGAUCCGCGACUCCCAGAGAGCCACGCGCGAGCGCGAGGAGACCGUGGCCAAAGACAGAGUGGAGCGGGAAGCGCGGCCUCUGCCGGAGUGGAACGCGGAGGAGGUGGCAGACUUCCUGAGGUCGCUCCGGCUGGGGCACUGCGUGGAGAAGCUCAGGGCAGAGGAUGCCACGGCCGAGGGGCCCAUCGAUGGCGGCAAGCUCGCCACGCUGUCGGAGGGUGGGCUCGUGGGCCUGGGGCUGACGCAGCUGCAGGCGAGGAAGGUCUGCCGUCGGGUGCGCGAGCUCAGCCUGGGAGCGCACGCGGGCGCCGGCUAA